AUGAGCGCACCCAAGGUUGAAUUUGGUACCAUAUUCACCGGUAGCCCCAGCGGCAAGAUUGUCGCUGCCAAGGGCGCGAGCCGCGAGCUCCGUCCGGACCAGGUCGUUAUCGACAUUGCCUACUCGGGCCUGUGCGGCUCGGACUUGCACUUCCGCAAGGCCAAAAUUGCCCUUGGCCACGAAGGCGUUGGUGUUAUCUCGCAGGUCGGCAGCGAUGUCAAGGUGCUCAAGGCCGGCGACCGCGUCGGCUGGGGCCUGAACCACAACUCGUGCGGCUACUGCAACCAAUGCUGGUCCGGUGAUGACAUCCUGUGCCCUGAGCGCCAGAUGUACUCCAGCGCAGACCUCGACUUUGGCAGCUUUGGCGACCGCGCGGUGCUCAAUGCGCUGUUUGUUCACAAGAUCCCCGACAACAUACCCCUUCGCCUCGCUGGCCCCCUGCAGUGUGGUGGUGCGACCGUGUUCGGUGCGAUUGUGAACUCGGCCGUCCGACCCCGCGAUCGUGUGGGUGUGCUGGGUCUCGGUGGCCUUGGCCACCUUGCUGUGCAGUACCUUGCCAAGAUGGGUUGCGAUGUGGUCGUGUUCAGCGGCACCGACAACAAGAAGCAGCAGGCCUUUGAGCUCGGCGCUACCGACUUUGUUGCCACCAAAGGAAACCCUAAGUUUGAGGGUGUGAAGCCGAUCGACCACCUCCUUGUCUCUACGAACCAGCAGCCCGACUGGAAUACCUACUUUUCGAUCCUCGCUCCCAACGGCUCGAUUGUUCCGCUGUCCGUGUCGUUCGAGGAGAUGAAGCACCCCUAUGCGGACAUUCUCAUGAAGCAGCUCAAGAUCACCGGUAGCCUCGUGGCCAACCGCCAGGUGCACCGCGAGAUGCUCGAGUUCACCGCGCGUCACGGCAUCAAGCCGAUGGUUGAGGAGCUCCCGAUGACCGAGGAAGGCCUCAACACUGCCUUUGACCGCCUUGAGAAGGGUGAUGUGCGCUACCGCUUCGUCCUCAAGUCGCAGACGACCAACGCCGAGUAA